AAAUGGAGAGAAGCACCAGAGCAUGGAUGUCAAUAGUUGUAGUUCAAGCAAUGGGAAGUGUAUGGAUGUGCUAUGCAAAACAGAAUUCUGCAUCUCACUAUACUUCAACAUUGCCAGCUCUUUCUAGAGCUCAUGCUCUUCCGUUGGCAUUGCUUUGUAUCUUGAGAAUCGUUCUAAUCUUCGACUUUCGUAACUUCUCAAUUCACAUUGCUCACAUUCUGCUCUCAAUCCUCACAGCCAUCCAUACAAUGACUGAAGUAUUCUUCUAUCAAUCUAUGUCUUAUGGAAUUGUCACUGUCACAGAAGUCACUCUCAACAGUUUUUCAGUUGUUGUUAUGCUAACUUUCCUACUCUCUCCAUCAUUCAAAAACGAACAAGAAGGAAAAGAAAAACGAGCUAGAAAAGUGACAGCAAAACACUAUAUGGAAGGAGAAAUGCUUACUCCGGAAGAUGACGAUGAACUUGUUCAGGCGUACAAAAAAUGGAAAUAAGUGUUAUAAUGAAUUAUUUAUGUACCAUUUUAUUUACUAAUCAUAUUCUAAGUUUCUAAAUGUAUUGCUUUAAUCUCGCCAUAAUUAAUAUAAGAUCUCACAUAUGUAUAACUUUGGAAAAGCUUUAAUAAACAAAAAUACUUU